AUGGAGACAUUCAUCAACACCCUCACCGGCCUGAAAAUCAAAUCCAGGAUUCGAGACGAUGAUACCAUUGACCAGCUUCACCAUUUCAUCACGGUAUACCUGCUGGCAGCAUUUGCCCUGCUCAUUGGCAUCAAGGAGUACACAGUAGGACAGUUGGAUUGCUGGUUUAGCAAUGUCACUCUGAAACACUUCCAGGAACAUGUGAACACAUACUGCUGGACACACAAGCUCUACAGGUAUCCCAAUCCUGACAACCUGAGUGAGGUGCCCUAUACCUUGAGCCCAGAACAUGGAGGACCUUCCAACUCGACCAUCUUGGAUCAUGAUACAGGGGAAAUCAACUUUUACAGGUGGAUCACUGUGGUGUUUUUGUGCCAGGCCUUUAUGUUCAAACUGCCACACUUGAUCUGGACGGAAUGUAACGAGUACUCGGGGACCCAGAUUGAGAAGAUGGUCACCAUGAUUGGCAGCUGUUCAUUCGACACUCAGGACAAGAAGAACACCAUGUUUGCAAGUGUGGCAGAGUUCCUGGAAAUCUGGCUGAAGAUCAAUCGCAAACCUUUCUGGUUUAUGAAAAGUCGAGUCGGACGAGAGACCAAAAAAAUACUGCAGCACUGGAUGCUGUGUGUGGGUGCAAACACCGGCAACUACCUGUCCACAAUGUAUGUCAUUGUCAAGGCCAUGUUCCUGGUGAAUGUGUUCUUGCAGUUCUUCAUCCUGACUUCCUUCUUGGAUUUCGACUACUGGGGCUACGGGAUCAGGGUUAUCAAGAUCUUCUACUAUGAUCCAGACAAGAUCGACCACCUUCACUUCCCCCGGGUGGCUCUGUGCCACUUCCAGGUCCGCAGCCAGGGAUACUGGGUCCAGUGCCUGCUGACCAUCAACAUGCUGCUGGAGAAGCUCUUUGUGGUCGAGUGGUUCUGGCUCUCCUUUUUACUCAUCCUGACAUUCAUCAAUUUUAUAGUGUGGUGCUUGAGGAUCCUGAGAACUGACCGCUCUGUGAAGUUUGUGAGCAAGUAUCUGACUCUUCUCAAUGAGGAUGGUUCCUUGCCUCAGGAAGGCAAAAGAACUGCAAUGACUUUCGUCCGCGAUUACCUCGGCAACGAUGGUGUUUUUAUCCUGCGUAUCAUCGCCACCAACACUAACGAUGUGGUCAUAAACAUCGCUGUUCGCCCAGAUUCUGUGUCGAAAGAGCCGGCACCAUCUGUUGACACUACUCUUGAUGAUCUGGAUAAAAACGAGUUAGCUGUGAAUUCAGGCAAAGCAAGUUCAGAGCUUCAUAUUGGAUAG